GAAGCACAUCAAACCAUUAGUUCUGUCACAAUCAUGCAUGUAGCUGGACGCAAAAGGAUUUGCAACCUUUAACCCAGCGAGAAAAGAAGGAGCAACCCAAAGGUGUCGUGUUUGAAGAACAGCCGAAUAUUUUCCACCCAAGCAAGACCAAUAAUCUGUGUACGGACAUGGCCAGCCCUCAGACGAGUCUGAAAACCCCAUUCAAAGACCUGACGUCAUUCAAAGGCAACAUGAAGCGGCUGUACAGGGAGCGACUGGAGGAUGCUCCCAUUAAAAAGCGGGUAAUGGCAGAGAUGCACUUGAAACGGCGCAGCCUGGAGAGCGUCUCCAAACCCCCGAAGGUCAAGAAGGAGCGUGAGGAACACGCCAGCUCGGAAAUGGACAUCGAGGAAAGAGAAUUCCACAUGGUCGGGGCUUCCAAGGCUUUAGAUCUCAGCGCUGGCCUCAAGCACACUCUGGCACAGUUCACGCUGAGCAGCCAGAGCUCCCUGGGAGGUCCUGCUGCCUUCUCAGCAAAAUCGGCUCAGGAGUGCGCCUCUCCUGCUGGCAUGGCUCCCCUGCCGUCUCCCCCAGUCCUUGGAGGAGGCCCGCUCUUGGUUCCCUGUGACAGCUCUACUGAGCUCACCCAUUCUCUCCUCGAAGGGGAGUCCAUCUCCUGCUUUGUUGUAGGUGGCGAAAAGCGUCUUUGUCUGCCCCAGGUACUCAAUUCGGUGCUGCGAGACUUCUCUUUGCAGCAGAUCAACGCCGUCUGUGACGAACUUUACGUUUACUGUUCCCGAUGCGAUGCCGAGCAACUCCACAUCCUCAAGGUGCUGGGCAUCCUGCCGUUCAAUGCGCCUUCCUGUGGCCUGAUCACCCUAACGGAUGCCCAACGGCUCUGCAAUGCCCUGCUCCGCCCGGGUGCCGCCCUCUCGGCCGACCCCAACAGCAAACUGGCAGGCCAAGGCCUGCUGAAGGAGAGCGAGGCCAGUUUCCAGGUGGAACACCAGUGUCUGGGCAAGUGCCAAGGCCUGUUUGUGCCCCAGUUCUACGUCCAGCCGGACGUUCCUUGCAUUCAGUGCAUGGAAUGCCAGCUGCUGUUUUCCCCACAGAACUUUGUAAUGCACUCGCACAAAUCCCCCGACAAGAGGACCUGCCACUGGGGCUUCGACUCGGCCAAGUGGCCUUGCUACCUACAGCUGGGCCGCAAGCACGAGGGCACGGCGGAGGAGCCCCAACUCAAACAGCUCCUGGAUGAGAUGAAGGAGAAGUUUAACUACCAGCUAAAGAGGCCACUGGACAGAAAGGUGGUGGAUGAUGACAGUCACGGGAGGAAGACCAGUCCUGCACCCUGCCCACCUAACAGCAAGCUGUCUGAUAACGCCCUGGAGAAAAAGGGCAACUCGCAGCCUUCACUAGUUUUCAGUCGACUCUUUCCCGAUAUCAAAGAGGAACCAGGACACGGACCCAUCAUCCACCCGAGUUACUACCUGUAUACGUACGAUAAGAUGGUGGCCCCUAACGUGUCCCUGCGGAAGGAGGCAGAGGUGAGCCAUGAGGUUCUGGGGGCCCUGCUUAAACAACACUACAGCAGAAGAGCACUCGCCCACGACAGCCAGCCCACCACAGAUCUUCCCGCAUCUCCUUCCUCUGUCGCAGAGGAGGCCAAAUCCCACCACGCGGGCGAAGCGCACGAGCGCCGCCAACCUCCUCCGCCAGUCGCCAUGGAGACUAGCUCGGGCGGCAAGCAGCACGCCCCCAUUCCCACGGCGGGAAAAGACAGCGGAACGGAGGACGACAAGGACAGGAUCAUGCUGGAGAUUGUGCAGAUGUACCGGCGGCAGCAAGAGAAGCUCAAUUCCACCCUUCAGAAACAGCUGCAGCUGGAGAUGGAGCUGGAGGCGGUGCGCGGGGGCGAGGCAGCCAGGCUGAGGGAGUUGUCUGCGGAGCAGCUGGAGCUGCAGAACGAGCUGGAGGCGGUGCACACUGAGCAUGCUCAGAGACUGGGGGAGGUGCGGCAGGAGCAGAGACAGCUGGAACACCGACUGGAGCAGCUCAGGCAGCAGAGCUGUGCCUGCCAACCCAAAGAACAGGAGGCGCAGUAUAACGCGCAGCUGUGCGAGCUGCGCCGGCGUCUGGAGCGUGCCGAGGCGGAGCGGCAGGAACUGCAGGAGGAGCUGUGCAGAGAACGGGAGGCCAGAGAGAAGCUGGAGCUCAUGAUCUCACAGCUUCAGCUGCAGAUGACCCAGUCUGGCACCAAGGGGAGCCGCAGCAGUAGCCCUGCCCAGCCCCCAACCCCCUCCGCAAGCCCCCAAUCCCAGCAUUCCCCCAUUUCACCGGCCCCUGAGGUAACCUCCGGAUAAACUGCUCACCCCCUCUCUCGCACACUUCCACGCCUGUAGCCCAGGAACACGCUCGCCCACUCCCUACAGAGACACAGACAAACACAAGACGAGCUCUGCAGAAAAGAGCAGCUCUCCCAUAAACGUUUCCCUUUGUGUUCCCUCAAUGUUUGUGUUUAAUUUAAAAAGACUUUUCGUGUCUCGGUUUGUUUUAAUUUAUAGUCGUGCUGAGAGGCUGAUGGGACAGAGGAGGCGUUUCUUUUCAGGACUUUUUGCCUCCUGUGGCGUUGGGACAGUGCUUGAGUGCUUUUCCUGUCCCAGCUCUUUGGAUACUGGAAACAAAACCGACACUCAGUAAAAUACUACCUGUCACACAGGAUGCCAAACAGCAAGACGCCAAUGCCCUGCAGCCGCAAGGAACCACGUGGAUGUUUACUUUUUUAUUUUCAAUAUGUGUAUCAUCAUUUCUCACAGAAAAAAAAAAAAUGGGAGAAGUUUUUGUUAAUAUCACAAAAAUCUCAGUAAAAUAUUAUGUUUUAA